AGCUUCGUUCAGACGAACGUCCGAGAAGGGCUUGCGGGGAAGGCGACUAGCAAUUCCUCUUCAGCGUAAAUUUUAGGGAGCCAGGUGAUUCUGUAGUUUUGAACGUCAGCCUAAUUGUUUUGCGUCGCCUCCGCUUAAACGAGGAAACACUUCUUCAGUUGAAAGGACAAUAUUUACUGCCAUGGAAUCGAUCUGUUCAGUCACUUUCUGCUUCACUUUUUUCUGAAGUCUUCAGAACCUAGUCCAAAAAAGCUAAUGAACUUUUGAAAAAUUUCCCCUUCUCAUUGAAGACACCUUGGACUAAUUUUUGCCCAUAUGGAAUGGAUAAUUAUAUAAACUUUUUAGGCUCUGCAUAUUGCUUUCAAAACUCACUUUUAUUUUUCAGUUCACAAAAUUCAGGAAAGACAGACUGACUCAUUUUGUCAACUAUAUUUGGAAGAUUAUAUUAACUGGGGCUUCUAAUUUUCUUUUCUUUUUUGCUUAUAGUUGAUGGCAACUACUAUUAUUUAAAUUUUUUAGGAGGAUUGGUAUUGCUGCUUGUAAUGAACCCUGUUUCCUAAAUGAAGACAAUGAACUUUAUUUUUCAUUUGCAUUUGCUUUUUAUGUAAAGAAGCAAUAUGGAAAUAUUGAGAUAGCUGCUGUGUGCAGAUGCCUGAAUUAACUCUUAGAAAUGUACCUCAUUUCAGAUGUGGAAUUUGUUCUCUUCUUUAUGCCAUAAAAGAGGUAUUUAUUUUUUCUAGAGCUGAUGCUCAUUAUAGUGAGAAAUAUAUGGAAUAGGAAAGUGAAGAAACUUCAGAAAACAAGCUACUAAAAUCAGACUUGUCUGACUUCAAGAAAUAACUUUGCAGAGUCCUUACAUGUGAAGAAUGGGUAGCUGAUUUUGUAGAGUCAGCUGUUCUUUGCUACAGAUGUAGUAUCAUUAAGGAACUCAGGAUAUUUCAAGGGAAGCAAAACUGGAAAACUAAUUGUGGAAGGUUGAUGCCAAUCUGUGCAGUACUCUUGGAUUUUGUUUAUUUUCAACAGAAUCCAGUGCUACCUCAUAUAAGAUGGACAAAGCAAUCUAAUUCAGAAAAUAUAUCUUGGUGGCAUCUUUUGAAGGAGCUGUAACAGAAGUAUUGUCAUGAGGUGUUGAAGCCUUGUUUCACUGAUUGGGAGACUGGACCUAAAUGGCGCAGCAUGACUUUGCUCCAGCCUGGCUUAAUUUUCCUACUCCACCAUCAUCAUCAAAGUCAUCACUGAAUUUUGAGAAACAUUCCAGCACCUUUUCGUGGACAGAGAAUCGUUAUGAAAUUAAUCGUAGACGGCAUAACUCUUCUGAUGGAUUGGAUCCUAACAGUGGCCGUUCAAAUGGAGGGCAUUCAGGAAGAAAAGAAAGAAAUGGUUGGCGUUCACAAGGCAGAAAUGGAACAGAAAAUUCAAACUAUAGAGCAGGAUAUCAUAAUGGAGGUUCACGUGCUCGCACCAGGAGCUUUCAGUCUGUAAAAAGCCAAGGAUCGCAGGAAAACAAAGCAUCUGAAUGUGAGACUUUGAAAAAGACAGGCAAGGAAGAACCCAAACAAUUUGAAGCUGAAGAUUUUCCAUCCCUGAAUCCUGAAUAUGAAAGAGAAACAAACCAGAAUAAAUCAUUAGCUGAAGGUGUUUGGGAAUAUCCUCUGAAUCCUAAAUCUAGAUCUCCACGAAUGCUGAUUAUUAAAAAGGGCAAUACAAAAGAUUUACAGAUAUCUGGAUUCCCUGUGGGAGGAAAUAUUCAUUCAUCACAAUUGGUUGGGAAUGGAACUGGCCUGAAUGUCUAUAAAGGUUUAGUUCCUAAACCUAUUAUUCCACCAGCAAAGAUCACACAGUGGAAAAGCCAAACAAAAGAGAACAAAACUGGGCCUUCAUUUCCACAUGACUCUGCAUAUGGUAGUGGAAAUUUUAGUGCUUUAAAAUCUACUACCAAGCCUAUUGGAUCACAGAAUUCAGUGAAAGAGUGUAAUCGGUCAAAUUCCUUAUCUCCAGUUGAUAAACUCGGCCAGCCUCGCUUAACCAAAUUAACACGAACACGCACUGAUAAGAAGAGUGAAUUUUUGAAGAUGUUGAAACGGGAUCCAGUGGAAGAAGAACACGAUGGAAACUGUGUUGAGCAAGAGAAGGACGAUGAUGAUGAUGAAUUUAAUUUACAUAACAGCAACAGUGGCCACCAAGGGAGGGACGUAAACCGAAAUUUUGAAAAUGAUAUUCCUCAGGAGAAUAGAAAUGCUGCAAUAACUCAGCAGAUGAUCCAGUCUUCAGCAUUUCCACAGACUGAUGUCCUUUCAAGUUCACUUGAGGCAGAACAUCGGUUGUUAAAGGAAAUGGGUUGGCAGGAAGACAGUGAAAAUGAUGACACUUGUGCCCCACUAACUGAGGAUGAAAUGAGGGAAUUUCAGGUCAUUAGUGAACAGUUACAAAAAAAUGGCCUUAGAAAAAAUGGUAUUCUAAAAAAUGGCCUCAUCUGUGACUUCAAGUUCGGUCCCUGGAAAAACAGCACUUUCAAAGCAACGCUUGAAAAUGAAGAUACAGAGACAAGCAGCAGUGACACAUCAGAUGAUGAUGUGUGAAGAGUUGAAGAUUUGUAUUGCAUCUCAUACAAUUUAAGAAAUGUUGAAAAAGGAGAACUAUACUCUUAUGUAGUGAUAUGCACCAGUAGAAGGAGGAUCUUUGGGACUCCUCAUGAAGGAACCUAAGAUUGUUGUGCUAAUGAGCUGUGUUGAACAUGAUUUUUAAUUUCUUUGUAAAUGGAUGUUGUAGAAAUGAGAACUUUUUCCCACAUUGCCUUUCUUCAUCACUGCAGCAUUUCUCUGACUAGCAAUGUGACAAUGUAAGAGAAUGAGAUUUUCUCAUUUAAUAAUAAUAAAAAAGAUUAUGUAAUAUUUGGCAACGUUUUGUCUUAAAACUGUGCAGGCGUAAGGGAUAAAAUGGCAGCUUGACUCAGUAUGUUGCUCACUGAGGCAGAUUUAUUUUACAGUGGAAAUUUCUAGUGUUCACUUUGUGCACAGACAAUAUGCAGAGUAGCAUGUCUGCUAAAAAUGACAAAAGUGCACUAAAACAUCUAUUUCUUGAACUGUUACAGUUCCACUUCUUGAAACAUAGCAGUAAUUCUCUAGCAGUUUAUACUACAGUAAUUAUGAAAAGACUUGCUUCAGUUCCAAACUUUACGGAAGUGGUGUAAAUCAAAAGCUUUAUUUGGAUGCUGACAGACCCAGGAAUUUGGAUCCUCCACAAUGGGUGCUGAUCCUUGUGGGGAAAAUAAACAUUAUUUUGAUAAAUUACUCAGAUGCAGAAAGUUUAUUUCUUGGGCUGGAUCUAUCCAGCAUGUACAAAAUAAAAACUCUUAGAAUCUGGGAACAUUCCACUGAAUAUGCUU